AUGGUGCGCGACUCGUCUGCCAUCUCUGCCGCCGCCGCAGUAGGCAAGCAUGUCACGCUCGUCGAAGCAGAGAAGAUCAGCAACACGAAGGGCGCUAGCGCUGACACGCAGACAUAUUGGAAGAAGGUGUACGAGCGGACAUUCUACACAUUCGUCAUGAUAGGAGGCUUCAUUGCACUGCUUCUUCUCGGGCACCCAUACAUGAUCCUGCUCGUCAUGGUCAUCCAGACGGUCGUCUACCGCGAAGUCACCGGGCUAUUCAAUUUACCCAGCAGGCCGCAUGUCACUGGCAGCAGCACGGGCACCAACACGCCAAGCGCCGCGGGGCCGCGGGUGCCGAGUGUGGUCAAUGAGUUGGACGAAGAUUACUUUGCCAGGGACAAGGGCAGGCGGCGCGAGGAUCUGUGGAGCAAGACGCUGAGCUGGUACUUCUUCGUGGUGGCCAACUACUUUCUAUACGGCGAGUCCAUGAUCUACUACUUCAAGCACAUUGUCUUUGUCGACGCAUACUUUAUCCCGUUUGCGCGGCACCACCGCUUCCUGUCAUUCAUGCUGUACGUCUUUGGGUUCAUGGCGUUCAUCCUGAAUCUGCGGCGCGACAACCUGAAGCGGCAGUUUGGUCUGUUUGCAUGGGUGCACAUGAGCCUGCUGCUGAUCGUCGUCAGCAGUCACUUCCUUGUGAACAACAUCCUCGAGGGCCUCAUCUGGUUCUGGGUACCGGCGAGCCUGGUGAUCUGCAACGACAUUUUUGCAUACGUGUGCGGCAUGCUGUUCGGGCGCACGCCGCUGAUCAGCCUCAGCCCUAAGAAGACGAUGGAGGGCUUCUUCGGCGCCUUCGCCAUCACCGUCCUCUUCUCAUGGGGCUGGGGCAGCUUCUUUCAGCAGUUCAACUAUAUGAUCUGCCCGGCCGUGUCCCUGGGGAUGAAUGCGUUCAAGGACAUCCAGUGCCAGCCGAACCCGGUCUUCCUGUGGCACCACGCGCGACUGCCCGCCGUGUUCGCGUCGGCGCUGACGCGCGUCCUCGCGCCCCUCACCGGCGGCAGGGCGAUCGAGACGCUGCCGUACACGCCGUUUCAGUUGCACUCGCUCGUCAUGGCCGCGUUCGCGAGCCUCGUCGCGCCGUUUGGCGGCUUUUUUGCCAGCGGCUUCAAGCGCGCCUUCAAUAUUAAAGACUUUGGCGACUCCAUCCCCGGCCACGGCGGCCUGACGGACCGCUUCGACUGCCAGUUUCUAAUGGGCCUGUGGGCAUACGUGUACUACUCGUCGCUCAUCCGCGAGCACCACGUCAGCGUCGGCUCGGUCCUACAGACGAUUGUGACGCACCUGACGCUCGAGGACCAGAUCGAGGUCUAUCGCGAAGUCGGCCGCUUCCUGCACGGCCAGGGCGUGCAACUGUAA